UGUGCGGUGUUGUGUGGGAAAGUUGGACCGGUGAAGCAUGAGUUUAAAUUAGACUCGAAAAUGAACCGAUUAUGUAGUGAUCCGUGCUUCUCAGCAUUCCAGUAUGCAAAUAAACUGACACUAAACACGUGCGAUAAUUGUGGUACAAAUUUAAAUGCGGAAAACCAAGCUCCACAAUAUGUACAGUUUGAAGGACAGCAGCGAAGAUUCUGUAGUUUUAUGUGUGUAAAUACAUUUAGAAAUGCAAAUAAGAAAACAGUGCCCUGUGCAUGGUGUGCAAACAAGAAAAGUAACUUUGAUAUGAUAGAACGAGUGGAUGCUCAUAACAAAUAUCAGUUGUUCUGUUCCUUGAAUUGUCUAUCACUGUAUAGGGUUAACCUACAGGCUACUUCCAAUCAGGCAGUAACUUGUGACCAAUGUCGGAAGUUUGUACCUGCCCAGUACCACUUGACAAUGAGUGAUGCAUCGGUGAGAAAUUUCUGUUCGUAUGGUUGUGUGAUGCAGUUCCAGGCACAGUUUCAAGCUCCUGCGAAACAGGUACCACAACAGAAUUCGCUAAAUACUGGAGUUGUUGGUAAAAGUACAAUACCUGCUCAGCCACAGCAAUCAACAACAACAACAACACGCUCUGGCAGGGUUGUUACAAAAGCUCCUAAAGUAGCCGCUGCUGUCCAGCAACAAGUUGCUGUCAAAAAUAGAAUGGCAAAGAAGGACGACUCAUUCCCAAUUAUCUCUAAUGUUGUUUCACUAGCUCCUCAAGGUACACAACAACCGACUAACAUUAAGACAACAACUCAUGCCCUUGUAACUAACCAACAAACUGGAAUCAAGACGGCUACAACAACAACAGGGAACCAGACUGUCCAACAACAAAUUAUUAUUCAGCCUCCACCACCGACAUCUAUGAAGAAUAAAUCUUUAUUGUGUAAACCAUUCACACAGACAAAAGCUACUUCUUGCCGACCACAUACACAAAUUAAAGAGGUUCAGACAGAGGGAAAAGCAGAGCCAGAGAAAUACCUGAUACCCAUACCUGUACCUAUAUACUGUCCGACACCUCUAGCCAUGUACUCUCUACCUACCCCAAUAUUUAUACCAGUACCUGUACCAAUACCAGUACCUGUGUUCAUACCUACAACCAAAAAAAGUGCAAACAGCAUACUAAAACAAAUCAAGGAAAUUCGGGAGAAGAUUCCAGCUGAUCCACUGGAGGCGGAGUUAUUGAUGAUGGCGGAGGCUGUGGCAGGGAAAGAGGAGGAGUCAAGUAGCAGCAGUGAGGAGGAAGAUAAUACUGCUCCCCCGGAGAAGGAAACAAGUACACCAGCGCCACCUACAAGCAGUAGUGGAGGAGGAGGUGGGGGUGGUGAACUAGGGGAGGACAUGUUACAGAUGGCGUUACGUAUGGCAUCAGAAAUGACAGACGAACCCGUCAUGGAUCUAGAAAACUCCUUGGAACCAGUAGCUGUCAAUACAGAGCCACCCCCUCAGCCAAAGCCAGUUAUCCCCACCACCCCACAACCUGUAGAGGAUGAUGAUGAAUAUGUUCCAACAUCAGCUCGUUCACGACGUUCAAGGGGAGGUAACAAACGUCAGUCACGUAGUACGCCAAGAAGAAACCCAAAACGUCAGAAAGUUGAAUUACAACCGCAGUAUCACGAGGCCACGCCAUCACCUCCAGCCCCCGCAGCUCCUCCCCCUGACGCUAACUUCCAUCUGAAAUACACGUACGGUGUUAAUGCAUUCAAACACUGGGUACUACAGAAAAAUACCCAGAUCGAACAAGCUUCUAAACCAGGGCAUGGGAAACAUUUAAAAACAUUUAAGACAGAUAUCCUACAGUGUACAGCGGAUGAGUUGAAUUAUUCAUUGUGUCUAUUUGUGAAAGAAGUACGGAAACCUAAUGGAGAGGAAUAUGCAGUAGACAGUAUAUAUUACCUGUGCUUAGGUAUACAGCAAUACUUGUUUGAGAAUGGGAGAAUAGAUAAUAUCUUCACUGACUUUUAUUAUGAAAGAUUUACUGAAGGACUGAAUGAGAUUCUCACCAGAUACGAACCCAAACUGAAUCAUGCAGGUCAGUUAGUGUGCCGUAUAGAAGAAGAACAUCUAUGGGAGUCGAAACAGCUUGGAGCUCAUUCACCUCAUGUCCUCCUCAACUCUCUGGUUUACUUUAACACCAAAUAUUUCAUGUUAAAAACAUCGGAGGAUCACCUCAAACUCUCUUUUACUCACAUCAUGAAACAUUGGAAGAAAACAGCAAGUGGGCGGGGCUCCGGUACCGGUCCUAAUGCUGGUAGGAGUGUCUAUCUAAGAUACUACUGUCCUACACCACAGGGGAAAGAUAAUCAGAAGAAGAAGAAAGAGGAGAUGCCAGUGUAUGAGCAGACAGAAAAUCUGGAUAAUCCAUUGAGAUGUCCAGUUAAAUUGUACGAGUUCUACCUAUCAAAAUGUCCUGAAAGUAUCAAGAACCGUAAUGACACUUUCUACCUGAAGCCAGAAAGGUCCAGUGUUCCAGAUAGUCCAGUCUGGUACUCCAACCAAUCUAUAAAUAUUGAACAUUUAACAAAACUGUUAAACAGAAUUCGAUUGGUCCGUGAGAUUCAGGAGGCUCAUUUGCAUACACAACCAAUUUACAUAUAAACUACAGAUGAUAUUGGUGAUUAUAGAACACACAUUGGAAGAGAUGGUUUUACUGUUUCUGCAGCUUUCCAAGGUUUCUGCAGCUAAAGAUGAUUGAAUUAUCAGAAUAACUAUAUAGGUAUCGUUCAAUAGCCAGAAAGUCAUUAAAAUUGAUGGUGGCUCUUUUUUGAAAACAAAAGUGUUCGAAAGGUAUAGUAUAAUGACUAGACCUAUGAGCUUUUUUUCAACCCCCGACCUAUGAGCUUUUUUUCAACCACCAUUUGCUUUUUUACAAGACCUGUGUUGUUUUUUUUUCUACCACCACAAUUUUCUGCGACGUCUUUGUCAUAUUCUGCAGGGAAAACAUCUUGUCAUAUUGCAGAGAUAUUGAUCCUUGUCAUUUGGUUUGAGAUAUUCUCGAAAACUUAUUUACAUAAUUGACUGAUUGACAUCAAACAAGAAAAUCAGCUGUACUGUACAUGCUUUAUAGUGUAUCAUAAGCUUAUAUUAGUGGAGGUAAUUGAUAUGCUUCUUGUUUAAUGUAGUGAAUAUGAAAGCAUAUUUGCUUGCUUUUAUGUAUAAACAAGAUUAUUUCCAAGAUUGCAGCACUACCAUGUGUCUCCCUGUAGCAAAAUAUUGUUGAAAUGUUUCUUAUUUCUAUAUAUCUAUAUAUAGAAGUUUUUAGAAGUAAAUCUUUAGGUUUACACAGUUUUCGAAGAAAACUUGUCCGAUUAUUUCAUUAUACCAGUGAUUUGCAUUAUUACUUUUUUUAUCAUUUUUUUUAAAAUCAUGUUGAAAUUGUUUUUAAUUCAUAAACCACCACUUUGUUACAUUUAUUUUCAUUCAUAGUUUUUGUAUAUUUUUAAUCAAUGAAAUGUAAAUAAAUCCUACAUCAAAGCAAAACCGAUAUAAAAUUGUUUACUAUAUAAUUUGUCAUCUUAGUGCAAUAACAAGUUAACUCUUAUAAAAUUAUAUUAGGAGUUGACCUGUAAUUGUACAAAGGGGGCAAAAUUAUGAUAGAAAUUUGAUGAUUUUCACAAUCAGAAAAUGCAAUUAUUUGUAUGCAAUUAUGAUAGUGAUUCUUGGAACUUGGGCCAAAUUGGUUGGCAAAAAUCGACUAUAAAUAAUGUGCAUGCAUUGAAGAUGACAGAAUAUCGUCAAAAAUUAUUAAAUUGAGGUUGGGAAAGGUUUUGUACACAUCACUUCAUUACUGCAUAAAACCAUAAAAAAUAUUGAUGAUUAAGUCGAUUCAUUUGUUCUAGAAAUGAUGUUGUUUUUGUCAAUAUUUUCGUCAUAGUAUAUAUAUACAUAGAGCUAGAAUUUUUUUUGUCAUUUUUCACUCCUGGCAUUCAGUCGGUCAUUUGUAAAUUUUUGUAACUUCUUUAAUUGUAUAUUUACAACAUCAGUAUAUGUGUUGCUAUCUCAGUUGUAUUUUUAGCUCACCUGUCACAAAGUGACAGGGUGAGCUUUUGUGACUGCUUUUCGUCCGGCGUCCGUCCGUAAACUUUUGCUCUAAAUGACAUCUCCUCAUAAACCACUGAGCCAAUUUUAUCCAAACUUCACAGGAACGUUCCUUUGGUGGUCACCUUUAAAAAUUGUUCAAAGAAUUUAAUUCCAUGCAGAACUCUGGUUGCCAUGGCAACCAAAAGAAAAAUCUUUAAAUAUCUUCUUUUAAACAACCCUAAGAGCUAGAGCUUAGAUAUUUGGCAUGAAACAUCUUCUAGUGAGUGUCUACCAAGUUUGUUCAAAUAAAAGCCCUGGGGUCAAAAUUGGCCCCGCCCCAGGGGGUCAUUGAUUUUCCCUAUAUGCAUAUAGUAAAAACUUAAAAAAUCUUCUUUUAAAGAACCGUAAGAGCUAGAGCUUAGAUAUUUGGCAUGAAACAUCUUCUAGUGAAUGUCUACCAAGUUUGUUCAAAUAAAAGCCCUGGGGUCAAAAUUGGCCCCGCCCCAGUGGGUCAUUGUUUUUCCCGCUAAGUAUAGUAAAAACUUAAAAAAGUCUUCUUUUAAAAAAUUCAAAUAGCUAGAGCUUAGAUUUUAAACAUGAAACAUCUUCUAGUGGGUGUCUACCAAGUUUGUUCAAAGAAAAGCCCUAGGGUCAAAAUUGGCCCGACCCCAGGGAGGUCAUAGAUUUUCCAUAUAUGCAUAUAGUAAAAACUUAAAAAAUCUUCUUUUAAAGAACCCAAAGAGCUAGAGCUAAGAUAUUUAGCAUGAAACAUGUUCUAAUGGGUGUCUACCAAGUUUGUUCAAAUAAAAGCCCUGGGGUCAAAAUUGGCCCCGCCCCAAAAACUUAAAAAAUCUUCUUUUAAAGAACUCAGAGAGCUAGAGCUAGAGCUUAGAUAUUUGGCAUGAAACAUCUUCUAGUGAAUGUCUACCAAGUUUGUUCAAAUAAAAGCCCUGGGGUCAAAAUUGGCCCCGCCCCAGUGGGUCAUUGUUUUUCCCGCUAAGUAUAGUAAAAACUUAAAAAAGUCUUCUUUUAAAAAAUUCAAAUAGCUAGAGCUUAGAUUUUAAACAUGAAACAUCUUCUAGUGGGUGUCUACCAAGUUUGUUCAAAGAAAAGCCCUAGGGUCAAAAUUGGCCCGACCCCAGGGGGGUCAUAGAUUUUCCAUAUAUGCAUAUAGUAAAAACUUAAAAAAUCUUCUUUUAAAGAACCCAAAGAGCUAGAGCUAAGAUAUUUAGCAUGAAACAUGUUCUAAUGGGUGUCUACCAAGUUUGUUCAAAUAAAAGCCCUGGGGUCAAAAUUGGCCCCGCCCCAAAAACUUAAAAAAUCUUCUUUUAAAGAACUCAGAGAGCUAGAGCUAAGAUAUUUAGCAUGAAACAUGUUCUAAUGGGUGUCUACCAAGUAUGUUCAAAUAAAAGCCCUGGGGUCAAAACUGGCCCCGCCCGGGGGGGUCAUUGAUUUUCCUUAUAUGUGUAUAGCAAAAACUUAAAAAUCUUCUUUGAAAAAACCCAAAUAGCUAGAGUUUAGAUAUUAAGCAUGAAACAUCUUUAAGUAAAUAUCUACACAGUUUGUUCAAAUAAAAGCCCUGGGGUCAAAACUGGCCCUGCCCCAGGGGUGUCAUUGUUUUUAACUAUAUGUGUAUAGUAAAAACUUUAAAAAUCUUCUUUUAAAAAACGCAUUGAGCUAGAACUUAGAUUUUUAGCAUGAAACAUCUUCUUAUGGGUGUCUACCAAGUCUGUUCAAAUAAACAAAUAAAAGCCCUUGGGUAAAAAUUGGCCUGGGGGUGGGGGGGGGGCCUAUAUACAGGUGAGCGACCUCAGGGCCAUCAUGGCCCUCUUGUUAUAUGUUACUGGAGAAAAGUUUGAGAGUAAACACACAUGAAAUAUUUGAUUACAGGAAGUUUUGUUUAUAGAAGUGUUGAACAGAAAAGUGUCAUAUUGGCUCCAUAUUCCUAGUCUAUAAAUGAACAUGUUAGACUGGGUGAUUUAUUUCACAGGAGUUGAGAUUGUUAUUAUAAUUGGCAGCUCCAGUACCAGGGUUGUGGAAUUAUGUUCUGAACUUUAUUUUGUAUGAAUCAUUUAUUGUCCCCCGCCUUUUCGAAGAAAAAAGGGGGAUAUAGAAAUAGGCUCCGUCCGUCUGUCCGUCCGUCACACUUUCGUGUCCGGUCCAUAACUUUGUCAUUUAUCAAAGGAAUUUGAAAUAACUUGGCACAAAUGUUUGUUAUAAUAAGACUAUGUGUCAUGCGCAACAAUCAGACCCCUACCUCCAAGGUCAAGGUCGCACUUGCUAAUUCAAGGUCAACAUUGUCUAUUUAAGGGUAUAUGUCGUGUCCGGUCUAUAACUUUCUUAUCUAUGAAGGGAUUUUGUUAAUACUUGCCAUAAUUGUUCACAAUAAUCAGACGAUGUGUCAUGCGCAAAAACCAGUCACCUACCUUCAAGGUCAAGGUCACACUUGGAGGUCAAAGAUUAACAUAGUCUGUUACAGGGUAUAUUUCGUGUCCGGUCCAUAACUUUGUCAUUUAUCAAAGGAAUUUAAAAUAACUUGGCACAAAUGUUUGUUAUAAUAAGACGAUGUGUCAUGCGCAACAAUCAGACCCCUACCUCCAAGGUCAAGGUCGCACUUGCUCAUAUAAUGUCAACAUUGUCUAUUUGAGGGUAUAUGUCGUGUCCGGUCUAUAACUUUCUUAUCUUUGAAGGGAUUUUGUAAAUACUUGCCACAAUUGUUCACAAUAAUGAGAUGAUGUGUCAUGCGUAACAAUCGGUUACCUACCUCCAAGGUCAAGGUCACACUUGGAGGUCAAAGAUUAAUAUAGUCUGUUAUAGGGUAUAUUUUGUGUUCGAUCCAUAACUUUUUUAUAUAUCAAAGGAUUUUGAAAAUACUUGGCACAAAUAGUCACUAUAAUAAGACGAUGUGUCAUGCGCAACACCUACAUCCCUACCUCCAAGGUCAAGGUCACAUUUCGAGAUCAAAAAUUAACAUUGUCUGUUAAAGGGUAUAUAUUGUGUCCAAUCUAGAACUUCCUUAUAGUUCAAGGGAUUUUGAAAUAACUUGGCACAAAUAAUCACAAUAAUAAGAAGAUAUGUCAAGUACAACACCUGCACCCAAGGUCACACUUAGAGGUCAAAAGUUAACAGAGUCUGUUAUAUGGUAUACUUUGUGUCCCGUCUAUAACUUCUUCAUAGAUCAAGGGAUUUUGAAAAUACUUGGACUAAAUAGUCACAAUAAUAAGAUGAUAUGUCAUGUGUAACACCAGUGUCCCUACCUCCAAGGUCAAGGUCACAUGUAGAGGUCAAAGAUUUACAUAGUCUGUUAUAGGGUAUAUUUUGUGUCCAGUCCAUAACUUUUUCAUAGAUCAAGGGAUUUUAAAAAUACUUUGCACAAAUAAUCACAAUAAUAAGACGAUAUGUCAGGUCCAAAUCAUGGGUCCCUACCUCCAAGGUCACACUAAGAGGUCAAAGAUUAACAUAGUCUGUUAGAGGGUAUAUUUUGUGUCCCAUCUAUAACUUCUUCAUAGUUCAAGGGAUUUUGAAAAUAGUUACAAUAAUAAGACGAUAUGUCAUGCACAACACCUGGACCCCUACCUCCAAGGUCAAGGUCACACUAAGAGGUCAAAGCUUAACAUUCAUUUUAUUUCUUUAAUAAAUUUAUUGUUGCAUUUGCAGAUCUAGCAUUGAUCAUAAUUUUGGACUGAAAAUCCUUAGAUCCAUACCUCAAUCUUUUGAAAUAGCACAAUUUUAUGCUUCAUAUAAAACUUCCCCAAGGCGGGGGACGUUGGUAACUCUGUUACAAAUUCUUGUUUUGUAUGAAUCAUGUUACAAUACCAUGAAUAUUAUAUGUAUUUAAUACACAUACAUGGUUGUUAACUCCUUGUUACAGAAUUUGGUUCACUUAUUAUUUUGAAAUAUUAUACAGAAUGAAUUUAUUGAAGAUCUGAGCAUGUUCAAAUUUAACAGUCAUUUGUGUUGAGUGUUGUUAGUUUUUAGCUCACCUGAGCAUAUGCUCAGGGUGAGCUAUUAGGAUCACUCUUCGUCCGUCGUACGUCAUCCGUUCACACUUUUAAAACGACAUCUCCUCUGAAACCAUAAGGCAGAUCAUAAUGAAACUUCACAGGGAUGUUCCUUGUGUGAAGCCUUAACAAAGUUGUUCAAAGAAUUCCAUUCCAUGCAGAACUCUGGUUGCCAUGGCAACCAAAAGAAAAAACUUUAAAUAUCUUCUUCUAAAAAACCCAAAGAGCUAGAGCUUAGAUAUUUGGCAUGAAACAUCUUCUAGUGAGUGUCUACCAAGUUUGUUCAAAUAAAAGCCCUGGGGUCAAAAUUGGCCCCGCCCCAGGGGGUCAUUGAUUUUCCCUAUAUGCAUAUAGUAAAAACUUAAAAAAUCUUCUUUUAAAGAAUCCAAAGAGCUAGAGCUAAGAUAUUUAGCAUGAAACAUCUUCUAAUGGGUGUCUACCAAGUUUGUUCAAAUAAAAGCCCUGGGGUCAAAAUUGGCCCAGCCCCAGGGGGUCAUUGAUUUUCCCUAUAUGCAUAUAGUAAAAACUUAAAAAAUCGUCUUUUAAAGAAUGCAAAGAGCUAGAGCUAAGAUAUUUAGCAUGAAACAUGUUCUAAUGGGUGUCUACCAAUUUUGUUCAAAUAAAAGCCCUGGGGUCAAAAUUGGCCCCGCCCCAGGGGGUCAUUGAUUUUCCCUAUAUGCAUAUAGUAAAAACUUAAAAAAUCUUCUUUUAAAGAAUGCAAAGAGCUAGAGCUAAGAUAUUUAGCAUGAAACAUCUUCUAAUGGGUGUCUACCAAGUUUGUUCAAACAAAUCCCUGGGGUCAAAAUUGGCCCCGCCCCAGGAGGUCUUUGAUUUUCCCUAUAUGCAUAUAGUAAAAACUUAAAAAAUCUUCUUUUAAAGAAUGCAAAGAGCGAGAGCUAAGAUAUUUAGCAUGAAACAUGUUCUAAUGGGUGUCUACCAAGUUCGUUCAAAUAAGAGCCCUGGGGUCAAAAUUGGCCCCGCCCCGGGGGUCAUUCAUUUUCCUUAUAUGUUUAUAACAAGAACUUAAAAGAUCUUUUUUGAAAAAAGAAACAAAAAGCUAGAGUUUAGAUACUAAGCAGUGAGUGCUUUGUGAGUGUCUUCCAAGUUUGUUCAAAUAAAAGCCCUGGGGUCAAAAUUGGCCUUGCCCGGGGGGGGUCAUUCAUUUUCCUUAUAUGUGUAUGACAAAAACUUACAAAAUCUUCUUUGAAAAAACUCAAAUAGCUAGAGUUUAGAUAUUAAGCACGAAGCAUCUUCUAGUGAGUGUCUACAAAGUUUGUUCAAAUAAAAGCCCUGGGGUCAAAAUUGGCCCCGUCCCAGGGGACAUUGAUUUUCCUUAUAUGUGUAUAGCAAAAACUUAAAAAUCUUCUUUGAAAAAACCUGAAUAGCUAGAGUUCAGAUAUUAAACAUGAAACAUUGUCUAGUAAGUGUCUACAAAGAUUGUUCAAAUAAAAGCCCUGGGGUCAAAACUGGCCCUGCCCCAGGUGUGUCAUUGUUUUUAACUAUAUGUGUAAAGAAAAAGACUUGAAAAAAAAUCUUCUUUUAAAAAACCCAACAAGCUAUACCUUAGAUGUUUAGCAUGAAACAUCUUCUAAUGGGUGUCAACCAAGUUUGUUCAAAUAAAAGCCCUGGGAUUUAAACUGGCCAUGCUCCGGGGGCCUAUAUACAGGUGAGCGACUUUAGGGCCAUCAUGGCCCUCUUGUUUCAGAAAAGUUCAGAUUCCAGGCUGUAGUUUAAUAGGGACAUGCAUGUUGAUCUGCUAUUUUCAGAUUAAUAACAGAUGAAAAUUCAGAAUCGGAAUAGACAUUUUUUCUACACAAUAAAUACAUAAUAAUACAUAUUUUUUUAAGAUAUUGAAUGUUUGUCCAUUGCUCAUGGAUUAACAUGUGAAGUUUUAUUAUAAUCACUCUCUUUAUAGAGAAAGAUGUUUUAUCUAACUGAAGUGGGUUAGACUAUCUAGUUUGUUUUAUAUCUAACAUUUAAUCUGCUGAAACUUAAGUCAUUAGGCUUUGUAUAGUGCUAGGGCAGCCUGCAGAUCUUUGCCGUCUUAUCACACUCUAUGUGGUUAAAAGCUUAAAGUUCCCUUCAACUUUGAAUGGACUGUUCCAAGGUCAGCAGGCUCAGAGUUAGAUUUGAUACCAAGAGCAAAUAAUGUUGUGUUCAUCUUAAUAACAAUUGUACAUUAUCACUUUGUAUAUAAUGAAGAAAAAAAUUAACUGAAUAUUCAGGUAAGCAUUUUAAAUGUUCAAGUACGCUUGAAGAAAUUGUCAUACAUACAUACAUGUUGUUAAAUAUUUCAUUACUUACAGCGAUUCUUACUAUUUUCCAAGUGUUAGAGAGAGCUUUUUGUACAUUGUUAAAGUCAUGUAGUCCAUUUGUAGCCUGAUUUAUUAGUAGAAAUAAAAUUCAUAAAUAAAAUA